UCAGCCCAGAGAAGCGGAGUUAAGUCUAAGUAAAUUAAACUUCGGUUCUUUUGUCAUUCCAGUCCUUGUACUUAUACAUUCUUACUGUUCCAACAGAGCAGCCAGCGUUAUCUCGGGUGUGAAAUCUCCAGUGCCAGUCACACUACACUGGUUGAUUUCAUAAAGACAAGGCAACAUCCAUCACUGCUGGUGUAAAUAACGUGCGGACCCAAUGUGAAUUUUAGCGGCUAUCGCGAUUAAGCAGAUAGUUGCUACCACUUUCUCCUUUCAGAUUCAUAUUAACGACUUGUAUGUAUUAACGGUUAAAAGUUUUUGAUCACAUAUAAUACAGCUCCAAAAGGAAAAUGAACAGCAGACUCCAAGAGAUCCGCGAGAGACAAAAACUUAGGCGGCAAUUAUUAGCUCAACAGUUGGGAGCUGAGAGCGCAGACAGUAUCGGAGCUGUCCUACACAGUAAAGAUGAGCUAAAAGAGAUUGAAGAGACAAGAGAAACAUGCAGGGCUUCAUAUGAUAGCUUAGCCCCCACUUCUAAAAGAAAGCCACAAACGGAAGGAGAGGAGACAGAGGAAGACGUGGAAGAACAGAAAGAUGAAGUGGAAGUGCAGCAGCCAGACGAGAGCAACCCAUAUGAGGAAAUUUAUAAAGAUUCCAGUACUUUCCUCAAGGGUACCCAAAGUUUAAACCCUCACAAUGACUACUGUCAGCACUUUGUGGACACGGGACACAGACCGCAGAACUUCAUCAGAGAUGUUGGCUUGGCGGACCGAUUUGAAGAAUACCCUAAACUCAGAGAGUUGAUCAGACUAAAAGAUGAACUCAUCGCUAGCACCAACAUCCCUCCCAUGUAUCUCCAGGCCGAUCCGGAGCACUUUGACCUGCGGGAUUUAAAGUGCCAGUUUGAUGUAAUUCUGCUUGAGCCUCCCUUAGAAGAGUACUACAGAGAGUCAGGCAUCAGCCAUACUGAGCGUUUCUGGACCUGGGAUGAUAUCAUGAGACUUGAAAUUGAGGAGAUAUCAGCUAUGCGUUCCUUCGUCUUUCUCUGGUGUGGCUCCGGAGAAGGACUUGACUUGGGCAGAAUGUGCCUGAGGAAGUGGGGUUUUAGGAGGUGUGAGGAUAUCUGUUGGAUCAAGACCAACAAGAACAACCCUGGAAAAACCAAGGCACUGGAUCCAAAAGCAGUUUUCCAGAGGACCAAGGAACAUUGCCUGAUGGGAAUCAAAGGGACAGUGCGCAGGAGCACAGACGGGGACUUCAUCCAUGCCAAUGUGGACAUUGAUUUAAUCAUCACAGAGGAGCCUGAGAUGGGGAAUGUGGAGAAGCCAGUUGAAAUCUUCCACAUCAUCGAACACUUCUGCUUGGGCCGCAGGAGGCUGCACUUGUUUGGAAGAGACUCGACUAUCAGACCAGGCUGGUUGACAGUUGGCCCUACAUUGACAAAUACCAACUUCAACCCAGAGACCUAUGCCUCCCAUUUCCCCUUUCCUGAGUCUCAUCUAUCUGGCUGCACAGAGGAAAUAGAGAGGCUGCGACCCAAAUCUCCUGUUAAGCUGAAGGCAGACCGUGGAGGUGGAGCACCCAGAGGGGGACGUGGUGGACCAAAUGCUGGUAGAGGUGGAGACAGGGGCCGAGAAAGAAAUCGACCCAAUUUCCGGGGGGACAGAGGAGGGUUCAGAGGCAGGGGAGGGCCACAUAGGGGGUUUCCGCCUCGCUAAAACAAACUAAUGUCAUGCAAACAGAGAAAAAUGUUUUUUUUUUUAAACACACUUGUUAUGGUUAGUGAAAUUAUACAGUGUGAUCCGUAUUUUUUUUUUUUUUUUUUUUAAGGUCAGUGAAUAUUUUUCCAUGUGAUACUUUAGAUUGAUGAUUAAUGCCAGAAUAAACUUCUUUUGAGCUA